AUGAUCAAUAUCUUGGAAAAUAUAUUAUUUGUGACUGAAAAUUUUUCAACCAAUUUCGGUAAAAAGAAUAUCAAUGCUUUUGCUGCUAAUCCACAUGAGUCCAAAAUAAAGUGCCUUUAUCUUUCCAAAUCUGAUAAGAGACAAAAAUUGGGGACCUUCUUGGGCGUCUUCCUACCAUGCAUUCAAAAUAUUUUUGGUGUUCUGCUCUUUGUUCGUAUGCCAUGGAUUGCUGGAGUGGCCGGUGGUUUGCAGUUCUUUCUAAUGGUCGGAUUCUGUUGUCUUUGUACUACAAUCACAACUUUGAGUAUGUCUGCAAUUGCCACAAAUGGCAAAGUGCCAGCUGGGGGGUCAUAUUUCAUGAUAUCACGAUCCAUCGGACCAGAGUUUGGUGGUGCUGUAGGGAUUCUCUUUUAUCUCGGUACUUCGAUGGCUGCUGCGAUGUACCUCGUCGGAUCGGUAGAGGUCUUUCUGAAAUAUGUAUGUCCUCAAGCCUCCCUUUUCGGCGAUGUAAGUGACAGCGCUUCUUUGUUCAACAAUACCCGUGUAUACGGUACUAUUUUGACCUUCCUUGUAAUGAUCUGCGUCUUCAUUGGCAUCCGCUUUGUCAGCAAGUUCUCAGUGCUCAGCUUGGCUGCUGUACUCCUCUCCAUCUUCUGUAUCUACAUUGGAAUCUUUACUGCCAGCCCUGCGCGAAGUCCAUAUGUAUGCGCUCUUGGUGAAAGGUUGAUAGCCAAGGCGUUAAUUAUGGAGAAUGGGACAAUGCAAUGCCACAAGAACAUAUCUGGCCCCCUUUACAAACUCUACUGUGGGCAGAAUCAAUCCUCAGAAGCCUGUGCAUUCUUCCAAAAUAGCAACACAUCUGAAUUCCCUGCCAUUCCAGGCCUUGCUUCAAAUCUAUUUUAUGAAAACGUGCUUGCUUCGUACUAUCGUGAAAUGGGUCAGUCAUAUGACAACAUUAGUUUUCCACCAAGCUCCGAGUACGGACAAGCAUCUAGCAUUGCGGAUAUUACUACGAGCUUCUUCAUCUUGAUUGCAAUCUUCUUCCCUUCUGUUACAGGUUUGAUGGCUGGUUCAAAUCGAUCAGGAGAUCUGGCAAAUCCCCAAUUCUCCAUCCCUGUUGGGACUAUUUGCGCUGUUUUGGUCACUAAUAUGUCAACGACGUUAUUAUUCUCGGCUGUUGCUGACGGUCGCGUUCUUCGAGAUAAAUUUGGUGAAUCUAUGGGAGGCGAAAUGCUUGUUGCUGCACUUGCUUGGCCUCAUUUCUGGGUCAUUCGAAUUGGUACGCUGUUAGCAAGUAUUGGAGCUGGCCUUCAGUGUCUUACAGGUGCACCACGUUUGUUGCAGGCAAUUGCUCAGGAUGAGGUGAUUUCCUUUCUCUCUGUCUUUAAGGUGGUGACCAGACGAGGUGAACCUCUACGUGCACAACUCCUCACAUACGCUAUAAGUCAAGGCGCCGUUCUGAUUGCCUCCAUCGAUUCUAUCACUCCGCUGAUUACCAUGUUCUUCCUUCUGUGUUACGGAUUUGUAAAUCUUGCUACAGCCCUGAAUGGAUACUUGAAGGAACCAAGUUGGAGACCGCGAUUUAAGUUGUUAUCCAGUAUCGGGGUCUGUAUCUGCUUGAUGCUAAUGUUCAUUUCCAGCUGGUACUACGCCCUGGUUGCCUUGGCCAUCGCUGGAGGAAUCUACAAGUACAUUGAAUACAAGGGAGCUUCAAAGGAAUGGGGUGAUGCAACUCGUGGUCUGCAGUUUACAACAGCGACUAGAGCUAUUCUGGCUCUGGGAACCAAACCCAUCCACACUAAGAACUGGCGUCCUCAACUUCUUGUCUACGUUCCUGUGAAAAACGACCUCUCUGUUGGUGAAAAUAACCUCUUCCAUUUCGUCCGACAACUCAAAGCUGGAAAAGGUCUAACCAUUAUAACCUCCAUUCUCGAAGGUGAUAUUUGUGAUAGAAAGGAAGAUGUUGAAUUCGUAAAAACGCAGUUAGAUGAACAACUGUUGCAAUGCCGUGUCAAGGGUCUGGCUAGCGUUAUUGUUGCCCAAUCUGUUGCUGAGGGAAUGAAAAAUAUGGUUCAGUCGGCUGGUUUGGGAAAUUUGCGCCACAAUACGAUUCUUCUCACUUAUCCUGAGAACUGGAGAGAAUUGAAUACCAAGGAUAAUACUAUUUUGCUUCAACUCACGUCUAUUCUACGAACAGCCCAAGCCUGUAGUUUGGCCAUUCUGAUGCCGCGUUUCAUAGACGCCUUUCCGCAAUCCAAAGAUGCUGCUCUCACCGGCACUGUUGAUCUCUGGUUUAUCGUUCACGAUGGUGGCAUUCUACUGUUGACCGCCUAUCUUCUUUUGAGAAAUAGGGUGUGGUGUAAAUGUCGUCUACGUGUCUUUGUGGUCACUGGCGAACCUGAUACAAAUGGCGAAUUAAAGAGGGUUAUGACUCGUUUUGUCUACGACCUACGAAUCUCAGCUGAAGUUGAAAUUGUUGAGAUGUCCAAAUCGGAUAUAUCUGCUUAUGCGAAUCAGCGGACGGUCGCUGCAGAUCAAAGGCGUGAAUUGCUGAAGGAAAUGAAAUGUCAGGAUGUUGCCGCAAAGACUGACCUGCAAACCGUGAUAGAUGAGCACUUUGUGGGUGUACGGGAAUCUGUUGACGGUGAAAUUCCUCCCAAGCAAGUUAAAAAGAACUCCAUAUUUAAAGUUCGUAUCAGCAGCGCAGGUCAUGAUUCCAAUGCUCCAUCUACUGAACGAAGAGACUCCAAGGCAAAGAUUGAUACCCAUCUGUUGAGCCCUGUGAAGGAAACUAAAUUCGACGUAGUUGAACCUGACACGAAACCGAGCGGAGAUAAUGAUAGAAGGGACGAUGAAAUCGCUAAACAGGAUAAGGAGGAGAAAGGAGAUGGAAAGGAGGAUGAUGAAGAAAAGAAGAGUGUAAAUCAGCACAGUGUAGCCUUUGUGGAGGGGGUUGAAGGAAAGAAGAAAAUAGAAUCUGAUGAUGAUGGGAAUUCAUCUGAAAGUAGCGAUAAGGUCAAUCAACGUCUCAAUGAAUACACUUUCUCUCCAACAGCGCUUCGCGAUGUUUUAGCUAAUGAAGAAAAGCUUCCAAAUGCCGAAGGGUCUCCAGUACCACCGGAAAAAAUGACAUCUUCGCCACGUCGUUUACAUAGUGCAAAACGACUCAACGAAUUGAUUGUAGAGCGUUCUGCGGAUGCAGCAGCUGUUUUAAUUAACCUUCCUGCAUUACCCAAGAGUCCAGGAUCUGAAUUCUACUACAUGGAGUAUGUAGAAACGCUAACAAAUGGUCUGAAACGAGUUGUUCUAAUCCGCGGUUCAGGACGAGAAGUUGUUACAGCCUUUGCUGAAUAG